GACACUGGAACACGACUGAUAAUUAAGCCUGGUAACGUCAGAUCGAUGUAUAAGUGACCAGGAACCGGUUUGUCAAUGGCAGUCAGGUGUGUAUUUUACACGACGAGUCGUCCCAGUUUGUAUAGGGGAUUGUGAACAAUUGAAGUCUACACACAUCUGUACUCGCCCACAUACAUAUGUAAUCGACGAUUCAUUGGAGUGGAACAGUCACCGUAUAAUGUGUGGGAUAUAGGCGUGUUGACCAGGUACGUGCUCUAGUGAACUGGUAAUAGUGAGAUCACAGGAGCACGUGCAGAAAAAUGGUUGCCUGUGAAAUCUGUUUACAUAACACUUACCAUAUAUCGAGAGUCUAGCAAUAUGUUAAGACAUUAUGUGGCUCUAGUCUGACAGUACCGCGUCCUCGUUACCAAGGUCAGGUAAAAAUGGCGGCAGAUCCUGUUCAGCUGUCUCGGCCCCCACCGGGACCUCGACUUCUGAACCCGGAGGAUAUCGGGGCCCCACGGCCCGUCAAGCAUUUCCUCUGGGAGGAUUCACCCCGCCUGCUCAAGGACAUGAUGAGCACCUCAAGGCUGCCAUUCACGGCUAAAGUACACACUGGGGAUAUAGGAAGUUACGUCCCGGCGUGGACCAGUCCCGAGGGGGCGGGGGAAGACGAGGAGGAAGUGCUGCACGUGAUUGAGACGAGAAGGAAGAAGGCGGUGGUGGCGAGGAAAAUGCAAUGGGACAGACAGACAGGGGACUACGCCGCGUGUGGAAACGGGGUAGAGAUACCAGCUACGUAUAAAGGCUGGUUUGAAGUACUGCCCGAGGACGGACGACCGGUGGAAUACUUUGAUUCAAUCCAGGCCAUCACCAACGUGAAGCCACGGCGGUUCCUAGUGCGAACGGCCACAGUGGGCUACCAGCUGAGCGCGGAGUCUGGCGUGAACUCUUGGGUGCCAUACGAGAUUCGCCCUGGGGCCGUGCUCACUACCGGAAUCAUAUUCAUGGAUCAGAAAAAGAGUAGAGCCAACGUCAAGAGCUUUUUCAAAAAACUGUUACGGACACACAGAAGCGGUAAGAAGGAACAAGACCUUAAAUACUUACAGUGUUUUGACACUAACGGUACAGAAGUAAUGAUUCCAAUAAUCAUGUCGGGAGUUUUCAGUCCCAUCGGGGAGACUGCAGAGGAGAACUUCGACAGUGUAUACGAGCUACAGGACUUAAUACUUGCCUUUCAUUUACCGGUGAAGGCCCAGCUGAUCCACGAGGAGGACCAGGAGUGUCCUAACAUAGUGCCUCAUGGUAUCGUUAGGGUCGAGGAAGUGCGGGACACAGAGUGGGUCGUGUUUGGUAGAUAUCCGAUCAGCAAUGCAGAUGAGGAUGUGUUCGAACUCCCAAUGGAUGCCGAUAUACAGUUACAAAAAGACAUUUCUAGGAAACGAAAAUCUAAAAAACAAUCACCGCCAAAACUAGACCCGCAUGUCAACAAGGAGGAGCAUGUAUACGCGAACGCCGAAAAGAAGGAGAUAGAACUUCCUGUGAGAGUCAAAGAACAAAAGAAAAACAAAGUGGGACUUUUCGAUAAAUUAAGUGUUCGGUCAAAAACAAGAAAAGAGCGAGCAAGUCUGAAAGCAUUGCAGGUGGCUGGGGUGUUCACGUCGCGGCUGAGCAAAAGUGAAGUAAACUUUCAGGACAUGGGAAGCCCUGAAAUGGCAGCGGACACUGAAGACGCGGAGGAGGGAAGGACAAGCGACCCCGAUGACGGCGAGCGCGACAAGGGUGAUAUCCCUCCGUCUCUUUCAGACGACUCGGAGGAUAAAGUGACAUACACAACCGUUGCGUUCAACGGACCACCGUAUGGGACAUUCACUGGGUCGACACUUGGUCCUCAGAAUCGUGAUCUUCCUCCCAUACCAAAAAGUCCAGGUUCGGAGAAAGAGGCUCUCUAUGAGGAACUACCAGUGGCCCCCAAACCCCCGCCUAUCGAUCCAGGAGAUUUCGGGUGUGGCCUGAGCCCGUCGGAGGCGGAUCUUCCCGACACAGUUCAUUCGGUGCACGGUGCGCUUGGCGACAAGGAUGAUGACGAGGACGGAUACAUGAGCCCAGCCCAGCUACGACUAAGAGCGGAACAAACGUACGCAGUGGUUCGCAACAAACCUCCGACGGCGCCACCUCGCGAAGCGAAACUCAUGCGAGCGCGAAAAGCCCGCAGUGAAAUUCCAAGUAACUAUAGUUAUGAUGUUAGUGAUGUAAAGGAAAAUAACGAAAAGGAAAUAGAUGACCUUUUCCGAUUCACUUUAGAAAAUGACAGAAAGUUUGCAAAAGAUGGACCGUAUGCAUCGUCAGAGUAUAAAACAACAGUGAACGCUCAGACUGUGCAUGAACCUAACACGUUUUCCUACGAGAAUGCUAUGAAGUUUGUGGACGACCAAUGCCUGGAGACUCGUUCAAACUCGGGUAUGCCAAAAUUUAAAUCGCGUUCGCACAGAAGUUUGAAUUUUGAUGCCAACGCGACAGUUCGUAGUCAUAAUAUCCGUAAAAUGAAGAACGCUAUGGACGUUUUCAAUUUUAGUGACUCUUUCCAGGAUUUGCACCGCAAUAACAGAACUUUUCACGAUAAUGACAUUUCCUCAGGCAUGCCAUCCGGAGCUACCGCAAACUCUAUGUACAGCUCGGCCAUUGAUAGAAACCCGUACAGCUCGCAGUACGCGCGCUCAAACGUCUACCCGGAGAGCGAACCUGGUUUCAAACGAUACGCUCGCUCGGCCUCCGUCUCUGGCCUAAGUGAACAUCUGACUCGCCAGGCAGAUGACUCUGCCAUAUCCGGGGACUAUGGUUACCAUGGCGACAGUGAGUAUAGUUAUCAGGAAUAUUCCGAAUAUCACGAUGACCACUGGGUUCCUCCAGAUGACCUUUCGUCGUUGACCGUUCUGGAGGUGUCCAAGUCGCUCCACUAUAUCGGUAUGAAGGACAGAGUGGUUAUUCGACUGGCUAACGAACAAAUAGACGGCAGCCUUUUAUGUUCCCUCGACAAACAGCUUCUGAGAGAAGGCUUCCCGGAACUUAAUGCUCUGGACGUCAAGAAAAUUCUGGACUUUAUAAACGGAUGGAGACCAAAAAAGAAAUGAAUUGCAGUUCUUGAACGCCUCAUAGGGUUAUCCUCAAAGCAAACCGUAUUCCAUUGGCAUUGGUCUUUUCACGGCGAAACAAACGUUAUGGACGUUGUGAGGAGAAGUAGCAUACACAUUAUGAAAAUAAGCAAUAUUGAAAUCCCAGGAGACUCUUUGAUAUUUGUGUAUAAAGAUAUGGAAAUUGAGGAAUUUUGCAUAGGAAAACAUAUCGUUGACAUGGAAAAUUUAGAGUUUUUAGCUCAUCUGGUCCGAAAGACAGAGGUGAGCUUAUGCCAUACCGUGGCGUCCGUCGUCCGUACGUCAACAAUUUCUUCAAAAGACUUCUUAACCACUCACUGGAAUUUAACUAAAUUUGAAUGGGAGCAUCCCUAGAUGGUGGGAAUUCAAAUUGUACAAAUGGUGGGGGCUGACCUCCCAGGGGGCUGAGGAGCGGGGCCAAAAGGGAGCAAUUUGGCUAUAUUGCUACAAACGACUUCUUCUGUAGAACUAUACCAUGGAUAUCAAUCAUAUUUGACCAAAAGCAUUUAUGGGUGGCAGGGAAUCAAAAAUGUACAAAUGGUGUGGCUGACCCCCUAGGGGGCUGAGGGGCGGGGCCAAAAGUGGGCAACUUGGCUAUA